UGAUUAUAUAGUCUGUCUGUGUGACACCAAAACUGGCUUUUUCACAAUUAUUUAAAUAAUCAUCACUUAUAAUAAGCUAAAUUUACUUUGAAAUUGAAUCGAAUAGACCGGAAACGCGUGUGCAGUCCACUGCACCGUCCACUGAUUUUAGGGCACCUGGACUUUGGACACGGUUCAAAACUAUUUGCAAAGAUCAAAUUUUAUAAAGAGUUGGCGAAAAGAAUGGCAACUGUCGAAGACGUUCACGAAAAUGUCAAGAAAUACUAUGGCAGUCAACUAGGAUCAUCUUGUGACUUGCAAACCAGUGCUGCCUCUUGCAGUAAGCCCUCUUCCAUGCCAACAAGUGUCAGAGAUGCUCUGAGUCUUGUUCAUCCAGAGGUGAUCAAAAAAUUUUUUGGCUGUGGACUUCCGUUCCCCGCAAAGCUUGAGGAAUGCAGAGUCUUGGACCUUGGCAGCGGUUCUGGCAGAGAUUGUUUUGCAUUCAGUAAACUGGUUGGCCCUAAUGGACAUGUCACUGGAAUUGACAUUACAGAGGAGAUGAUCAUUGUAUCACAGCAGUAUAUCCAAUACCACCAGGAGAAGUUUGGCUAUAGUAAGCCUAAUGUUACGUUUCUUCAGGGCUGCAUGGAGAAGCUGAGAGAAGCAGGCUUACAGAAUGAUUCUUUUGAUGUUGUUCUGUCAAACUGUGCAAUAUGCCUAUGUCCUGAUAAAUUCUCUGCACUGAAGGAAGCAUACAGUGUGUUGAAGGAAGGAGGUGAGCUGUACUUCAGUGACAUGUACGCCAGCAAACCUGUUCCAGAUCAUAUGAAACAAGAUCCAGUUCUAUGGGGUGAGGGGAUGGCAGGGGCUCUCUGUUGGCAAGACUUAAUUACACUGGCUCUUAGUGUGGGGUUCAGUUCACCCUACUUGGUGUCUGCCAGCCAUAUUAUUGUAUACAAUGACGAGCUCAGAGUAAAAAUAGGUGACAUUCAGUUUGCAUCAGGAACCUACAGGCUUUUCAAGCUGCCGAAAAAUCCAGUCUGUGCUGAAGCGGAAGUUACAUACAAAGGAACUAUAGAGGAGUUCCAGGACCAGCUGAACUUUGAUUCGUUGCAUUGCUUUAAGAAAGAUGCUCCAAACAAAGUAAAUGGAGAGAUGGCAUUAAUUCUCCAGAGCUCUCGCUUUUCCCCUGAUUUCAAAAUUGAGAUUCGGGAUUUACCAAACACCUGUUCAAGGCCAUCACAGCAGAACUGUCAUCUUAAUCCUUUCCUGUUGGCUGACAAGCUGGGAUCUUCUGUGAAGCAAUGCUCUAAAACAUGCAAAUAAAGAAAAACACAUUGCUGCCAACAAAAAAACAGUAAGAUAUCUGUAAUCCCUCAGUUGUCAAAGAACGAUCCAUACCAUAGCAGAUGAAAAAAUUUAUUCUAGACACAAGUUUUAGAGUGCAGACGUUUUGGUGCUUCUUCAGUUCUUCUUGAGUUAUGUUAA